AUGACGGACCACUCAGUGACGCCUUCUACCAAUCCGACCAAUGUCAACCUCUUAGCUGCAAACGCCGCCUUGCUUGCGGAAAACCAGCGGAUGGCCGAGCAAUUGGCGGAGAUGCAGAAAAACGAUGAACAGAAGGCCAAUAAGAAAAUACACAUGGAUCAACAUGAAGAACGUCAGUCAGAAUCCAACGUGAAGACAGGGGAAACUAUCCCCAAAACGGCACGACGACGAAUGAAUCCUUUUUCAGAAGAAAUAAUGAGUUUUAAAAUGCCCAAAAACUUUACACUUCCAAUGACCCUAACGCCGUACAAGGGGAUCGGAGAUCCUAAAAUCCAUGUCACAAAAUUUGAAUCAAUGAUGUUCCUUAAUAGUGACUCCGAUCCCAUCUUGUGCCGGUCUUUUCCUACUUUCUUAGACGGGGCCGCCCUAUUGUGGUUUUCUAACCUCCCUGCAGGAUCAAUAACAAGCUUCGAUGAAUUUGCCAAAUUAUUUAUUAAUCAUUUUGCAACUUCUAAAAUUUAUGUGCGGGACUCAGACUACCUCAGCACGAUCAAACAAGGACAACACGAAAGUUUGAAGGAAUACAUGAUGCGGUUCACAGAAGCAGCAAUGCAGAUCCCCGACCUUAACCCUGAGGUGCAAUUGCAUGCCAUUAAAAGCGGCCUCCGCCCCGGGAAAUUCCAAGAAGCAAUCGCAGUGACAAAACCGAAGACACUAGAGGAAUUUCGAGAAAAAGCCCAGGGCCAGAUCGAAAUCGAAGAACUCAGGGAGGCAUGGAGGAGCGAAAAGCCGACGAAGAAGGAAGAGGAGAGGCCUCAUCAGCCCAUAAGCAAAGACUCUAGAAAACCAUUCAAACUAGCGCCGAAAUUUGACACGUACACAAGAUUCAACACGAAAAGGGAGGAUAUAAUCAAAGAAAUCUUACACAACAAAUUGAUCAAACCACCAGUCCGAGCAGGAUCAUACCAAGAUCAGAAGUACGUGGAUAAAAGCAAACACUGUGCUUUUCACCAAAAGUUCGGCCAUACCACAGACGAAUGCAUUGUGGCAAAAGACCUACUGGAGAGAUUAGCCAGGCAAGGACUCUUAGACAAAUAUAUCUCGUCAAGAAAGCAGCGGGAUACAGAAAGAGAAGCAGAAAGGGAUAGCAGACAUAAACAGGUCGAAACACCCCCAUCCAAGGGGAUCAUUAAUUACAUCUCAGGAGGCUUCGCUGGAGGCGGGACCACCACCUCGGCAAGGAAAAGAAGUUACCGAGCAAUGAUGACAAUGGAAGGAUCUCGCCUGGAACGACAAGCAUCAAGUCCGACCUCACGCAUCGACUUCAGCACGGCCGACCUUAAGACAACCUAUCCGAACCUUGAUGACCCAGUCGUCAUCUCGAUUCACAUGGGGGAACUAACAGUAAAAAAGGUCUUACUGGACCCAGGGAGUAGCGCCGACGUCUUAUUCUACUCCACCUUCAAAAAGAUGCAUUUCAGCGACAACGCACUACAACCGUCACCCGGAGAAUUGGUAGGGUUCUCUAGGGAAAAGGUAUCGGUAUCCGGGUACAUUUGGCUGAGAACAACAAUUGGAGAACUUCCACAUACCAAAACACUAGAUAUCCAAUUUCUAGUGGUCGAUUGCCCUAGCCCUUAUAAUAUCAUUCUAGGACGUCCAUCAUUAAAUGCUUUUGGUGCCAUCAUUUCAACUGUUCAUCUUUGUGUGAAAUUUCCCUUGCAGGAUAACGCGGUGGGGACAGUUUAUGCCGACCACAAGGAGGCAAGACAAUGCUACAACGCAAGCCUCAGAACAGUAAAGAAGAAGGAAACACCUCGGAUUCACACUGUCUACAACUCGGAGCACUUACCAACGCUAGCCGAGCUAGAUCCCAGAAAUGACAACAGUCGUCCGACACCAACAGACAACCUUGAAUAG